AUGGCUUUCUCCCGUCCUCGUUCCAGCUUCCAGCCAUGUGAGACCUUCUUUGUGGAGGAUGACUAUCACCGUGCUCGCGCGGACAGACAGGCGCAACAGGAGCACGACAAGCUCGUUGCUCGUGAGCGUCAAUAUGCCAUCGCGGAUCAACUGUCCCGUCUUACUAGCGAGGAGCUUCGUGACGAUGUCCUGAAGCACAUGCUAGAAAUGGACAGUCAAACCCUCCCCGAUGUGGAAUCCAUCGAUAUUCAAACCGAAAUUCAGUGGUUCAUGCGUCCGUACCUCCUUGACUUCCUGAUCGAGGCCCACACUGCUUUCCAGCUCAUGCCGUCGACCUUGUUCUUAGCCAUCAACCUCUUGGAUCGUUAUUGUUCCAAGCGUGUGGUUUACAAGCGUCACUACCAGUUGGUUGGCUGUGCGGCUCUCCUCAUCGCCGCGAAGUACAAUGACAAGAAGGACCGUGUCCCCACUGUCAAGGAACUGAAGUCAAUGUGCUGCUCUCUCUACGAUGAUGAUAUGUUCAUCCAGAUGGAAUGGCACGUUCUGCAAACUUUGGGUUGGACCAUCGGUCACCCGACCGUUGAUAGUUUCCUUCAGGUCGCUGUCCUGGAUGAGGUCUACGAACCCCGAAAGAUUGCUCUAUUCCACCGCGAUUUCGUCUCUAAGCCCUCCUCGGAACUCGCCCGGGCUGCUUUGGCUUUGGCACGCUGCAUCCUCAACCGUCCGCAACCUCGUCACACCGACUGGGCUGCCCAGUACGACUCGAUGACUCUUGUUGGUCUUUCCCAGCAGCUUCACCAGCCGUCGUCGGUUGUUGCUCGCAAGUACGCCUCGGCCCACUACUCGCGCGUUUCCAAGGUCCUGGAACAUUUCCUGAACCGCCAGGCUUCGUUGGCCAGCUACGCCCGAUGCACUCCCCCGGUGGAGACUCCCGUGGAGUCCAAGCCGUAUAAUGGAGAGAUCGGACUUGCCACCCCUCAGAAGUCCCAGCAGUUGACUGCCAUCGCGCAUGGAUACAUGACUCCUCCGGUUACCCCGGAAAAUGGAGGCUUUGUCCCGGCACAGGUGGGCAACCAGGACCUCAACCAAGUCGUUCCAGCUGUGAAUGUCUGCUCGCCAUCACCUGCACCUGAAGCUGAGAUGCAGUACAUGUCUACUGAAGCCUACCAGCAACAAGAAGCCCUGUAUAUCGCUCAGCAGCAGCAAAUGCAGCAGUUCCCUCCGCGGCCACAGAUGGUCAUCGACCCCACAUACGCGGGUGCGAUGUAA